AUUAAAAUCUUUGUAUUGUCAAUUUAGACGUUUUUCGCUAUUCAUUUUCGUUAAAAAUAUUUGUCAAGUCCGAUACAAGAAAAAAAAAUCAUAUUUGCUUUAAACUCAAAUAAAAAAGUUGAAUCUUUGGAAUGGCGGUAGACGAAAAGCUACAGAAGCACUAUUCGUAUUUCGAUCAAUUUUUGCGAAGAUCGAAAAGGGAAUUUGAGGCAAAGCUUCACCAGGACAUAAAGCAGAAUUGUGCGCUGGAUGAUUUUGAUUUGAUGAAAACGUUGGGAGCUGGAUCCUUUGGCAUGGUAGUGCUCUGCAGAGACAAAAGGGAUAAAAAGAUAUAUGCCUUAAAACUGAUGGAAAAGUCGAACAUAAUCAAGACCAGACAGCUAGUACAUACUGGAGCAGAAAUUAAGUUAAUGAAGAAUUUAAAAUUUCCAUUUUUUAUUGACAUGCAUGGAUUCUUCAUGGAUAACGUCUACGUAGGAAUUUGCAUGUCGUUUGCAAAUGGAGGCGACAUGUUUACCCAUUUGCGGGAGCAGAAAAAAUUUGACGAGUCCAUGUCGAAAUUCUAUGGCGCCCAAGUUAUUUUAGCUUUUGAAUAUCUGCACCAUCUUGGGGUAAUUUAUAGGGAUUUGAAGCCCGAAAACAUAUUACUUGAUCUUCAGGGAUAUUUGCGUGUGACCGAUUUGGGAUUUUGCAAGAAAAUCGACAACACCAGAACAUACACAUUAUGCGGUACUCCUGAAUAUUUGGCACCCGAAAUCAUAUUGAGUCAAGGCUACAAUAAGUCCGUUGAUUAUUGGUCAUAUGGGGUGUUAUUGUUCGAAAUGAAUGCUGGAUAUGCACCAUUUUACGCUAAAGACCCCAUGCGAUUGUAUGAAAAAAUCGUUGCAGGAAAAUUUACAUUUCCAGCAUUUUUUUCAAAACCUUUGAAAGACCUUCUCAAUAAUAUACUUAUAGUGGAUCGAUCUAAAAGAUACGGUUUGUUAAAAAACGGAGUCAAAGACAUUAAAGGACACGAUUGGUUUAAAAACACAGAUUUCGAUCAACUGCUCUCGAAGAAAUUGGUGCCUUCGUAUAUUCCUAAAGUUGAGGAUGAAACCGACACCAAAUAUUUUGAACCUGUAGCUGAAUCGUUAGUGGUUAAAAAACGACCAGUCGACGAAUUUGCUAAAGAAUUUGAUGAAAUUUUUAUAACUGCUCCAUAAGUAAAUGGCCAAAUUGUUGGGCAAA